AUGUUGACAGGCGUUGAUUCGAGCUCCGUUUUCGUUUCAGCUAUGGCGGCACCUGUUGAGACACCAAACUCUUCUGUUGUCCAGAAAACAUCGCGUUUGCCUCUCAAUGAAAGGAUACUCUCAUCCAUGACCUCGAAAAGUGUUGCUGCUCACCCUUGGCACGACGUUGAGAUAGGACCUGGAGCUCCAGUAACCUUCAACUGUGUGGUUGAAAUAAGUAAAGGAAGUAAGGUGAAAUAUGAGCUUGACAAGAAAAGUGGUCUGAUCAAGGUUGAUCGUGUUCUUUACUCAUCUGUUGUGUACCCCCACAAUUAUGGCUUCAUCCCUCGUACUCUAUGCGAAGACAGUGACCCAAUGGAUGUAUUGGUCAUUAUGCAGGAACCAGUUCUUCCAGGCUGCUUUCUCAGGGCUAGAGCAAUAGGCCUCAUGCCCAUGAUUGAUCAGGGAGAGAAAGAUGACAAGAUAAUCGCUGUUUGUGCUGAUGAUCCCGAGUACCGUGACUAUGCAGACAUCAAAGAGCUCCCACCUCACCGCUUGGCUGAAAUCCGCCGUUUUUUCGAAGAUUACAAGAAAAAUGAGAACAAAGAUGUUGCGGUUGAUGAAUUUCUUCCAGCCACAAAGGCUUAUGAAGCAAUCCAGGGCUCAAUGGACCUGUAUGCAGACUAUAUUGUGGAGAGCCUGAGGCGUUAG